GCACCGCUGGAUCGCUUCUCCGGGCUCCUAGUUUGCAUGCUUGGCAAGGAGGAUCUCAAGGUUGCACAUCCGCCUUGUUCGUCUCUUUGAAGGCUACAGGAUAGGAUCUGUGGCGUUCCUGCAUUCAUCAUCAGGGAAAACUUAGAAAAACAGAUUUUUGGAAGUUUCGACGGCAAAGAGCAAGGGUUCGUCAGCUGGUGCAGAAACCCGAUAACAAGAUGGGGAUCCUAGAGGGCCAAGGGUCCUUGCCGAAUCACAAUGUGGAGCUUCUGAAAUGCAUUCAGGAGCUGCAGGCGAAGAGGCUGGAGGUUUCCAAGCAGAUCAGUAGUGAGGAAGCUGAGAGGCAGAAGCUUCAACAGGACCUCGCUGUCCUCACGAGCCGCCUGUCACACAUUGACGCCUCGCUCCUCCGGAAGACUGCUGUGAGGGACGAGUAUGACAAGGUCAUCCGGGAGACAGAGGGAGCGUAUGAACAGAUUGUGCAGUCCUCGCAGACCCUCCUCACCAUCCUGAAGAAGGAGUGCAGCAACAUCAACAGGAAGCAGCAGGUGGCGCAAGUCGCGUGAUGACAGCGGUAUUUUGUAGCAAUCGCCAGGGAAUUUCCCAGGGGGGACUCCAACACAAGGCAGAUGUCCCAAGCAUGACUGGCUAUUUUUAGGAUGGUGCCAAGCGGAUGAGUUUAUAAUGCUUCUCACUGUCGUUACAGUCAGGGCCAUUGCUAGCCUGGUAGGAUAGCAUGUGUAUGUGUUACCCAAAAACUGUGUCUGUGCAGCGUUGCCUCCCUUUUUAUGUAUAGGCCUUCAGAUGGAUGAGACACCGACUUUCUUUUAGUCACAAUCAUGAUGGCAUGCCAGUCAGUGACUGCUGUGCAACCUUUGCGGAUUAGAAUGCCUUGAACUGAAUGAUAGCAUUGCGGUGAUUACGUUUUAGUGAAUCCACAGCU